AUGGAGCCCUCCGACCAACAGACAGUCCCAGACUCUGGCUCUCAGGAGGUCAACCCUGUGUACCUGCAGCAGCUUCGAGAGCUGGACAUCCCAGAGGAGGCUGCCAAGCAGGUGGGUUAAUUUACGGUAUACAGGUUCUCUUGCAUUUCCUGAGAUAUGAUCUGCAGUAUAUUAUGAAAAUGUUCUCUUGGUUCGGCAUAUCUGUUUUUCAAUGCAUUCAUAAUGACUGUAUAGAGUACCAUAGCUAUGAUUGACAUGGCUAAUCCACCCAACAUUUUCUGCCAUUUUCUAUGUUUCUACCUCCCGCAGGCACUCUUGCACACCCGAAAUGUGUCUGCUGAGGAGGCUGCCAUGUACUACUUCAACAAGCUGGAGAAUGAGGUGCCCAUAAGAUAGCCUUAGUCCGCACAGGUACACGUUGGUACAUUACUUCUCCUGUAUUGUGUUUGAGUCCACCCUGAAUGUCUCUUUCUCUCUCUCGUUCCCUCAGGAAGAAGGCGAUGACGACCUCAUGUUCAAGAUGGUGUUUGUGGUGAACAUGGACCUGGCCAUGGGUGUGGGAAAGGUCAGUGUGAAGACACGGGUUGGAAUGUGUUGUUUUGAUUGAUUUUAUUUGCCAGUUUAAGAAAACACAUGCAUACAUUGGAGAAACAUGACGGGAAUAUCACAGUCAGCCAUUGUGGUCCCUAAAUUCCAUGGUGCAAAAACAUUACAUAGAGUUUGUCCGGCUAGUAUGGUUGUUGUGGUAUAGUUUGUUCCAGCCAGACGCACAAAGGCCCAGCUUGCCCCUGUUGUUUUUUAAAUGAGAAUCGCACAUCAAACACAAAGCGAAUACAUGAAACUUUUGUUUAUAUUUCUGCUUACUCUGAAAGCGUUUGGUGUGUGUUGUGUAGGUGGCUGCGCAGGUGGGCCAUGCGGCCGUAGGGCUCUACCAGGUCCUGCAGGAGAAGAACAGCUGGAGGGAGAUGGCCUGGAGGUGGGACCAUGGCGGGUAAGGACCUGUCUGGACUGGACCCUUUUUUCAUUAAGGCUUUACAGGGGCAAUACUAUAAUCCUGUAUGUUACUUGAGACCCCAUACUGCUGAUCAAAUUGGAUCUGAUCAGAGAAAGAAAGCCGGACACUUUUAAAACACCAUAAUGACAUCUGGUAAUGGCAAUAACACUAUCUGGCUGUUCUAUGCGCCGGCUCAACCUGCUGUCGACGUUUGCCACAGCAGGAUAUCUAAAUGUAUGUUUGUGUGGUGUGCAGGGCGAAGAAGGUGGCGUUGCAGGGGACCAACAUGGCUCACAUUUUGGAGCUGCAGGCCCUGGCGAUGAGCCUUAGCCUGCCCACGUAUCUGGUCCAGGACGCCGGACGCACCCAGGUGAGACGUGCGGCUACACAGCAGCGGUUGCAGACCCAUGGGCCACUAUUACGGCUCUAUAGUAGCACUGCUGCACCUGCUUACAGGCACACAGCCCCACCACGACGGAUUCGUAGUUAUAGUAGCUCCUGCUUACAGACACAUGCACCACCAUUGUGGCUCCACAGCAGCACCUGCACACAGGCAAACACCACCAUUACGGUUCAACGUGACACUAAAGUGUCAGCUUACAGUGGUAUGCACAGCCAUUAUGAUAAGUAUUGAGUUUGAACGUAGGAUACCCCUCUGGUUUGACGAGUUAGCGAGAUAACUUUGGUCAACUCUUGAGUUCAACUUGGGAUAACUGGUACCACGAAAGAGGUUCACCUUUUAGCCAGGUAAAUGUAUAUGGCAACGAAUGCUUUAGAACUAACCUGCUCCGGGGCAGGCUAACUAGGGGCUAACUCCAUUUAUCCUGAAUGAAGUGUCUGAGACGCGAGUUGAGGAACAAUUCAAUCACAUUCGCUCCCUCUCCCAAACAUUGCGUCAUCAUCCCCUUCAUUUGAGGAAGAUGACAUUAAACAUUUUAUUAAUCAAAUUGUUUUUGAUAGAUAGUCAUGCAAAAUUAUCUAUGUUAAACACUAUUAUUGCACACAGUGAGUCCAUGCAAUUUAUGUGAUUUGUUAAGCAAAUUUUUACUCCUGAACUUAUUUAGGCUUGCCAUAACAAAGGGGUUGAAUACUUAUUGACUCAAGACAUUUCAGCUUUUCGUUUUUUAAUUAUUUUGUAAAAUGUCAAAAAACAUUAUUCCACUUUGACAUUAUGGGGUAUUGUGUGUAGGGAAGUGACACAAAAUCUCAAUUUAAUCCAUUUAAAUUCAGCUUUAACACAACAAUGUGGAAAAAGUCAAGGGGUGUGAAUACUUUCUGAAGGCACUGUAAAAGACAAUACAGAUUCUGUAGAGGACAAGGGGGGAAAACGCAAUUCAUUCAAUAUAAUAAACAAUCUGCAUCAAUUAAUAUUAAGGGAUUCUCUAUUGAGAUUGAAUCCAAUAAAUUCAUGCCUAGUCUUCCCUGCCUUCCCACACACUUUUAUUGUUACAACCUAUUCCUAGUACCUCCUACCCACAAGGAUGCUAGUCUAAAUUCUAUGACCUCCGCCCCUUUUGCCAGGUGGAAGCUGGCUCGCGCACCGUCCUGGCCAUUGUCGGGGAGGAGGAGAUGGUGAACAACGUCACUGGAAGUCUGAAGCUGCUCUGA